CGGAAAUUCCAUGGCGCUUAGCCUCUUUCUCUUCUCCUUCUUCUCUUUGGCUCACUAUUUCUUUGGCUGCACUAAAUGACUCCAUGUUGUUCUGGGAUUUUGUCCCUUAGUCACCCCCAGACACAUAUGGGAGGACCCAGACACAAACACACAGAAAGGGCAGGAGAGACCCGUACCUGAAAGCAGGGGCUGGAUGUUCUCACUUUGCUGUGAAUGAUUGCACAAGCAUAGACUUCUAAAAGUGAAUAAGGGCAUAUUUUACAGUUACAAGAUUUACUUGUGCAUUUAUGCACUAUGCACUAUGCAGUAUGCAUUUAUACUGAAGGUAUCAAUGCUGAGAGUACAACCAAUUUAAAAAUGUUGUAAGUGUGGACAAAUGAUUGGUCUGCCUUAGUGUUCACAUGGAACUAAUGUAAAAAAAAAAAUUAAAAAUAAAAAACACCUUUUCAACCAUUGAUGUUAAUUAAGUGUUUGGAUUAUUGAUUGCAGUUAAUUUGCCAAAAUAUAAAUAUUCAAACAAUAAAUACAAAUUUUAUUAUGAUGACCAACAUUUUUUAUUUUAAUUUUCAUAAUGUCGUGUCAAGAGUUUUGCUGCCAAGAUAUGGAGCCACAAAUAUAUAUUACACCCAAAAUGUUUUCAUAGACUGACGAUCACAACUAAGCAGCCACAGAGUGCAAUACUCAUACAACGGUAAAUGCCUGUAAACUUGGCUCACAAGUGCUUGUUCUCUGUUUCAGCACAAGGUGUCAGUAUUGCGUCUGCCAACUCCAGCUACUACCACUACUACUACUACGUACUACUAAUCUCUUGGGCGCUCAUGUGAAGUUUAUCAUUCAUAUGCAUCCACAGCAUACAUGGAACAGUGUCUAAAUCAAACCAUCAAAUUUCAAACCAGUAGAUUUAUAAUCAGCCAAUUGGUUUUACAUAACGACUAUUUUAGUGGUCGUUAUCACGAUAGUUAUAACAGCGUAAAGUUAUUCAUAAGGUUCACUUUCCUCCGUUUGCCCACUGAAUAUUAUUAUGGAUAAGUGCUGUUGUAACGCCUCAUUUUUUUUACUUUUCAAAUAUCUAUUUAUACAUCGUCCAUAAAGAGCCAAUCGCCAGAUUUUGCGUAAAGCCUUAAACAAUGAUGUUAAAGAGCUAUAAAAAAAAACACCGCAUAGACUUAUUUAGAAGGCAUCUUAAUGAAAACUCUAUCACGACGGUUUAAACCAAUCAUAUGUUUAUCCUUCUCUCCCACUCCUCACAUAGCCAAUCGCAUAGUCCAUUUCCAGUAAUACAUUCCUCAAUCGUCUGGGCUCCACCCAGUCACAGAACUCCGAGAACCAAAGAAAACAAGUCGAUUGUUAGUGGCAACUACGCUUGCAGAGCCUAUGGGAAUGUAGUAAAAGUUCGUAACCAAGCAUCUGUUCCAGGUGGCAUCAGUAUUUACAAAAUGAAUAAGGUGGGGAAGGGAGAGCCGCACAUCUUCAAGGAGAAGGCCUUCAAGAAGAAGCGUCAGUGUGGAGUGUGUCACCAGAGCAUCGACACCCUCGGCUCCUUCUGUCGAGUGUGCAAAACAGCCACACAUAAGAAAUGUGAAGCAAAGGUGAACACAGCCUGCAUCCCAGCUCCCCCAUCUGACCUGCAGCGCAGGGGGACUGCUCCCUCCAGACACAUCCAGCACCUGGGCUCCACAAAGUCUUUGACGUACUCCAAACAGCGGAGCACUCUUCCCAGGAGCCAAUCCUCUAAACCUGUCCCUCUGCCCAGGAGCUUCAGUGUGGACCGGGUGAUGGAGCGUGUCAUGGAGAGGAACUAUGACUUUGACCUCACCUACAUCACAGAGAGGAUCAUCUCGGUCUUCUUCCCCCCUCUGCUGGAGGAGCAGCGCUACCGUGGAAACCUCAAGGAGGUGGCCUCCAUGCUGAAAUCCAAGCACCAGGACAAGUUUCUGCUUCUCAACCUCUCAGAGAGAAGGCAUGACAUCACACGCAUGAACCAAAAGGUCCAUGACUUUGGCUGGCCCGACCUUCACGCCCCUCCUCUCGACAAAAUCUGUGCCAUGUGCAAAGCCAUGGAGACCUGGCUGAACUCCGACCCCCAGCAUGUGGUGGUGCUGCACUGCAAGGGAAACAAAGGUAAAACUGGAGUCAUCAUUGCAGCCUACAUGCACUACAGCAAGAUUUCAGCAGGGGCAGACCAGGCUCUGAGCACACUGGCCAUGAGGAAGUUCUGCGAGGACAAGGUCUCCUCCUCCCUCCAGCCUUCACAGAACAGGUACAUCUACUACUUCGGGGGGCUCCUCUCAGGGGCCAUCAAGAUGAACAGCAGUCCCCUGUUCCUCCACCAGGUCCUCAUCCCCACCAUCCCCAACUUCCAGGCAGAUGGAGGAUACUUUCCAUUCCUGAAGAUAUAUCAGUCCAUGCAGCUGGUCUACACAUCUGGAAUAUAUGACCUGCAGGGCUCAGGAGGAAGGCGACUGUGUGUAACCAUUGAACCGGCGCUGCUGCUGAAAGGAGACAUAAUGGUGAAAUGCUACCACAGGCGGGUCCAGAAUGCCGAGAGGGACACAGUGUUCCGGCUGCAGUUCCACACCUGCACCAUCCACGGAGCGCAGCUCUGGUUUGGCAAAGGGGAGCUGGACGAGGCCUGCUCAGAUGACAGAUUUCCCUCUGAUGCAACAGUGGAGUUUGUGUUUUCCUCCGGACCAGAAAAGAUGAAAGGUCGGGAAUACCAGAGGAAUGACCCUGCGGUUACUGUUGACUAUAACACAUCGGACCCAGUGGUGCGCUGGGAUUCUUAUGAGAACUUUAACCAGAGGUAUCAAGACAGCUUGGAAGAUAUUGCUCAUACGCGUGGCCCAGUGGAUGGCAGUCUGUAUGCCCAGGUGAAGAAGAGACGUGCGGCCGGCUCUGGAUCCCUCACCUCCACCAAUGGGAGCCUGCCGUGCAGCGGCGCCGAGGAGAGGCCCAGUCAGCUGAUGUCGGUGAGCUCCGACUCGGGCCACUCUUCCUCUGCCCUGGCCGAGCGCAACGAGGAGCCCCCGCGCCCGCCGCCCCCCACCCAGCAGGAGCGCGAGGACCUGGAGCGGCUGCUGGGGGGCAUCGAGGGCAAUCGGGGCGGCAGGCGAGACCAGCGGGAGCGCGAGACGGCCAUUUUGGACGACGGAGACCCCGUGCUGCCCCCCGAGCGCGCGGGCACCCUGAGGCUGAGCCGCUCCUGCUCCUGCCGCGUGGGCUACCGCUCCCAGCACUGCUCCGAACCGGCCUGCGAGCGGCCCCACCACCUGUCCAACGGCUACUGCCUGGACAGGGCGUCCAGCUCCAACGGGCACUCCGGCGCCCCGCCGCCGGGCCUCAUGGGGAUGUGCCAGCACCACAGCACCCACCCUCACCAGUCCCUGCCACCUCCAGACCUGCUGUGGGAUCGACAGCAGGGGCCCCCGCACUACCUGCACCGUGCCUGCUCUGAAGGCCCCACCCGGCACCUGUGCCCCUACCCUGGCCAGGACAUCCCCCCGAACCCCCACCCUCUGUCUGCCCCCGGGCGUCUGCUCUGCCGAGCGGAUGAGUACCUGCCUUACCCCCACCCCACGUCCCACAGUCACGGCCACUCACACCACCCCAAGCCCCCCGGCCCCUACCACGACAUGAUGCUGCUGGACAGCCUGGGUCCUCCUGGCUGCCCCUGCCGGGACUGCUGUAUCAGGAGGGAGGACUCGGCCUUCCACGCGCUGCGCAUGGACAGGGGGGAGGGUCUGCACUGGGAGAGGGAGGCCCUGAGACGAGGCCGCGAGGUCUCUCUCCACUGGGACCGGGACCGGGACGCCGACCUGCAGUGGGAGCGAGAGCGAGAGCGGGAGGCCGAGUACUGGCAUCGCAGGGCCACCGUGUCAGCAUACGGGCCCCAGGACCACGACCUACCCACGUUCGCCUUUGACCCCUUGCCGUCCGGCCACCCAGCCUACCCAGAGCCCACGCACUCGCACACCCACUCGCACCUGGACAUUAAAUACAGCAGCAGCAGCGGCUACCAGACCCCGCGGCAGGCCUGCCCCUGCUCUCCCUACCAGCCCUCCCCCUCAGAGAGCAGAGGCUACGCGUCAGGGUACCAGUCAGAGUCCACCUCACCUCUCCCCCCUCCUGCCGGCUGCCCCGGACACUCCAGCCACCCCAGUGGCCCAAUGGAGAGCCACACCGAGGCCCAUUCGCAACCGUAUCCUGACACACAAACUGAUGGCCCUACAACCGUCAUUGAGGCUGCCCACUGGCGGGACCACAUUAACCAUCCUGUGUCCUCGAGGGGGAUACACAGAGAAGCACACAUUCCUUGCUCUACGCCGUCAGAUAUGUCUGGACCACCCACACCGGUUCAUACCAGCAGCCCUCUGCGUACACAAGAGAGCCCCAGCUUGGCAGCUCGUGAUUGUGAGGUGCGCUCUAAAGAGGCCCUUGGUGACACCAGUGCACCGGCUCAGUCCCCGGUCCGAGCCCAGGCUGGACCACAGGAACCUCACAGCACCAGCCCGGGCUCCAGGCCCAGGGAGCCCUCCAGCACCGACCCCAGCACCCCUGCACAGGCAGCUCCGGAGACCCUCAGCCCCUCCUCCCCACUCAUUCCAGAGGUGCAGCAGACACCGCCUGUGCCUGCUGGCUCCCCUACCCAGACCACACCAAUGGCUGUCAUGCCCCCUAACCACCCCGAGAACCACACUCACCCCACGCCUGCCCUCCCAUCAGAGGAAAGCCCACAGGUCCCUCGGGACAGUUCUCCAUCGGCCAGCGUGGCUGCACUGGCCCAGCGGGCAGGACCCGACUCCUCCAGCCUCUCCUCCCCCCCUGCCUCUCCCGUGUCCACCUCAGCCCAGCCCCACACCAAUGGCUGCUGCCCGCAACCAGAAACUGUGAUUCCCAAACCCGACUCAGCUCCCUCCUCGCCUCAGCCUCCCCACAGCAGCCAGGAGGGGUCCCCCUCCACGGAGCCCCCCGUGCCAGGCUUCGCCACGCUCGGCCGGAGGCUCAUGCUGGCCUCCGAGCCAGUGGGGCAUCUGCAGCACUACUCCAGUAUGGAGGGCAUUGCCAGCGCCCGGGGAUCCCCUGCCUCUGAGGGCCACAUCACCCCCAACUUCCCACUGUCUCCUGGCUACUACCAGCCCUUCGGGUCUCUGGGCUCCUACACGGGUCACCCGGGCAGCACGGUCCCCCAGCCUCCGCUCCCCGAGAAACGUCGCCAAGGCACACUGCCCGGAUCGCCCAAUGGAAGGCUGGGCUCGUUGAGGCCUGGGGCGGGGAGCCAGCAGUCUGUCCAGCACCAUGUCACAUUCUCCCCAUCCGUGGGUGAGGUAGCCCUGCCCGCCGGCGAAAGCGACGCCGUUACUGAGGAGGAGCUGGGCAACAGAGUCAGCGUCAAAUUUGUGCAGGACAGCUCCCGCUUCUGGUACAAGUCAGGCAUUUCCAGGGACCAAGCUAUUGCGGCGCUUAAAGAGAGAGAGCCUGGGGCUUUUUUGAUCCGGGACAGCAACUCAUUUCAAGGGGCCUACGGCCUUGCACUGAAGGUGGCAACUCCACCCCCCAAUGUAAACAGCCACAAAGUGGCAGAUCCUUCAGAACAACUGGUACGGCAUUUCCUGAUUGAAACGGGUCCACGUGGUGUUAAGAUCAAGGGAUGUCAAAAUGAGCCCUAUUUCGGAAGUCUGUCUGCUCUUGUAUAUCAGCAUUCCAUCACUCCAAUCUCCCUGCCUUGUGCCCUUCGCAUCUCAGAGAAAGACCUAUUAGGAGACAUCCAGGAGGUGCAGCCGGUGAGCAACCUGAGCACAGCGGCAGACCUGCUCAAGCAGGGCGCAGCUUGUAAUGUGCUGUUCCUGAACUCCGUGGAGACGGAGUCACUGACAGGACCCCAGGCUAUUGCAAAAGCGACUGCUGCAACCAUGUCUCGGAGUCCGCGGCCAGCUGCCACCGUGGUCCACUUUAAGGUGUCGGCCCAAGGCAUCACGCUCACGGACAGCCAGCGCAGGGUGUUCUUCAGGAGACACUAUCCUCUUAACAGUGUCACGUUCAGCAGCAUUGAUCCACAAGACCGAAGGUGGACUAACUCCGACAGCACGACAUCUAAAGUGUUUGGCUUCAUGGCGAAGAAGCCAGGAAGUGUAGCUGAGAACGUGUGUCACCUGUUCGCGGAGCUGGACCCCGAGCAGCCAGCCUCUGCCAUCGUCAACUUCAUCAACAAGGUCAUGCUGGCCCCGCAGCGCAGGUAGAG